AUGCAAACCUUCUUAGAUACCAUCCAUACUGAGCCCAGCACCUGUCAUGGAAUCCGCCCAACAGAUUCCAGACCGUCCAAACCCUCCGAAGCAUUCCCCAUUAUGGACAGCGCUAUCGAACUCCGCACCCUCACACCCGCCUACCCUCAUCGUUACCCGCCUGGCAUCGUUGUCAUCAAGACGCUCGACGAACAAGGCAUUGAAGUUUUCGAAGAAACGGAUCUCACGCAUCGAAAUGCUCACUUCAUAGACCCCAAGCCCACUGCAGUCACAAAGGUUGAGCUUACUGGUGUUGUGCAAAGAACAGGGAGAGCUGGGUUGAUGGAGAGAGCUUUGGGGAGGAUUGUUGACGCACUGGCAAGAGAUGAAGAUGACAGAUGA